AUGACACGGCGAAUUUGUCAGUGGACAGCAAGCCCGCGCGAGAAGGCGCAGGGUAUGGAAAUGGAACCGCAAAAAACAAACUCUCACCGCCAGGAAAAAAUAUUCUUGAAGUAUCGAUACCGCUUUGUGUUCACAGUGAGUUCGUGCCGCCACAAACGAAGGAGGAGGAGAAACCCCCUUCGCCGGAACAAUCCUUGCCACCAGUGCCUUACUUCAAACUCUUUCGAUUUGCAACAUGCGGGGAGCUGAUGCUGAUCAUCGGCGGCCUGAUCAUGGGAACCCUGACCGGCCUGUGCAUCCCCAUUUCGACGAUACAAUACGGCGAGUUCACCACGCUGCUGGUGGACCGCAACAUGGAGAACCAGACGAGCACGCCGACGCUCAUACUGGAGUGGUUCGGAGGAGGAAAGGUCCUGGGACCGGAAGCGUCGAAGGAUGAGAGGAUGAAAGCGCUGUACGAUGACUCGGUCGCGUUCGGCGUGUCCUCCGCGGCGUUGUCCACCUUCCAGUUCUUCUUCGCCGUGUUCACGGUCGACCUGCUGAACAUCGCUGCCUCCAGGCAGAUCGUUCGGGUCCGCAAGAUGUUCCUGCGCGCCGUUCUCAGACAGGACAUGACGUGGUACGACAUCAACACGUCGACCAAUUUCGCCAGCAGGAUGACCGAGGACCUGGACAAGAUGAAGGACGGCAUAGGAGAGAAACUAGGCGUGUUCACGUACUUGAUGAUCUCCUUCGUCUCUUCCAUCGUCAUAUCGUUCGUGUACGGCUGGAAACUGACGCUGGUUGUGCUGAGUUGCGCGCCAAUCAUCGUGAUAGCCACGGCGGUCGUGGCGAAAGUUCAGAGCUCCUUGACAGCUCAGGAGUUGAACGCUUACGGGCAGGCUGGGACCGUGGCCGAGGAAGUGUUAGGCGCCAUCAGGACCGUGAUCGCGUUCAACGGCGAGCAGAAGGAAGUGGAUAGAUACGCGGACAAGCUGAUACCAGCUGAAAAGACCGGAAUAAGACGUGGAAUGUGGUCAGGCGUCGGUGGUGGCGUGAUGUGGUUCAUCAUAUACAUCAGCUACGCGGUGGCGUUUUGGUAG